AUGGCACCUUUUGGAUGCUGUUGCUCCACACGAGAGAGUUUGUACUUUUUGUUUUUCAAUUCAAAUGUGUUAAAUAACACACUAGAGAAGUAUCCGAUAGUCAAAGUCCAGUCGACAACACCGUCGCACAAGUUUCCAAAGAACACGGUGAAGACCACAAAAUACAACGUCUUCACUUUUCCUUUUAAGUUUUUGUAUUAUCAAUACAAGUUACUUACUAAUGUCUACUUCCUUAUUAAUAUGAUCAUUAGUUGCAUACCUUACAUCUCAACAGUCACGCCCAUCACUGCAAUUAUUCCAAUAGUCGUCGUCUUAGCAGUUUCUGCUGUUCGUGAGAUCGUCGAGGACUUAAAACGAUAUUCCGCUGACAACAAGGCGAAUGGGAAGAAAUACACGGUCCUCAAAAAUGGCGAAGAGUCAGUGGUUUGCUCUAAAAACAUAUCGGUAGGGUCGGUUUUGAAACUACAUAAGGAUCAAGUCGUGCCCGCCGAUGUCGUGCCGAUAUUUUCAUCAUUGCCGGAUGGGGUGUGUAAGUUGGACACCGCUGCUUUGGAUGGCGAGACGUCGCUCAAGACCAUCUUUGUCCCAAAGAUGCUUCUCGACAUGACUGAAAAAGACGUGACCGACUUUUCGAUGGAUCUUGAAUGCGAGUGGCCGAGAGCCAAAUUCAAUGACUUCAAAGGUCUAUUUUCAAGUGAAACUGUUAAAAUAGCUCUUGACGAGAAAAAUUUGUUACUUCGCGGAUCUGUCUUACGAAAGACGGAGUAUGUCUACUGUGUUGUGUGUUACACUGGGAAGUACACCAAGCAAGCUUUGAACUCGACGAAGCCGGUGAAUAAAAGUUCGAUAUUAAAUACACGACUCAACCAAUUUGUCUUAUCGACGGUGUUCUUUCAAUUACUGAUUUGCUCGAUAUUGGCAGCACUAUCAACGUGGAGGUAUACAGUUGUUAAUCCAGACACAGGGUUCUGGUAUUUGGACUCUUAUUUGCCCGAGUUAGGGUAUGCUGCUUACGCCGUCAAGAAGUUCUUUGGGUUCUUUAAUUUGAUAUCGUACACGAUUCCGAUAUCAGUUGGAGUGACUAUGGAGAUAUGUAGAUAUGUGCAAGGUUUUGUGAUGGAGAUGGACGCCGACUUUAAGAUCAAAAAGGUUGAUUCUGAAGGUGUAGAGAAGGAUGAAGGAAUGCGGACGAAUAGUUGUGCACUUAUAGAAGAGAUGGGAGAGGUCCAAUAUAUUUUGAGUGACAAAACCGGGACUUUAACAGAGAAUAAGAUGAGCUUUUCUAAAUGUAGUAUAGGAGGGGAAGUUAUUAGUGAUGUAAUGAAUGGCACGUUGGGACAAUUAAGUGAAACCAAUAAAAUGGUGAGUGACUUUUUAAUGUGUCUGGUGUUAUGUAACACGUGUAGUAAAGAGAAAGAUCAAGUCGAUGGGAUGAAGUAUUCCUCCCUCUCACCUGACGAAGAAGCGUUAUGUGAAGCUGCUUAUGUCAAUGGUGUUAUUUUAGAGGAACGAACACAGAAAACAGUGAAGAUACAAAACAAAGGAGAGAACGAAGAGUACACAAUUGUCAUUCAAAUUGAGUUUACAAGUGCGAGAAAGAUGAUGAGUGUGUUAGUUGAGAAGGAUGGGGAGUAUGUGUUAUAUUCGAAAGGGGCGGACAGCGCGAUAUCAACUUUGUUACAUCACAACACUAAAGGAACACAAAAAGAGAUUAACAUUGGAAGACUUGACACUGUCGAAUUGAGUGAAGAAGAAGAGAUGAUUAAGAAGACACAACAGCAAGUAGACGCAUUUGGGAAUGAAGGGUUACGAACCCUCUUUAUAGCACGCAGAAAGUUGUCAAAAGAAUACGUCGACGAUUGGAAAAGGCGACUUGACGCGAUCGACCCGCUUGCUGAAAAUGUGAAAGAACUUCGGUAUCACAUGUACAAAGAGUUAGAGUGUGAUUUGGAGUUAAUUGGAGCGACUGCGAUCGAAGAUCAAUUGCAAGAAGGUGUACCUGAGACGAUAGAUAUAUUGAGAAGGGCGGGGUUGAAGAUAUGGGUACUCACUGGCGAUAAAAAGGAGACAGCAACCUCAGUGGCGAAGUCCUGCAAAUUAUUUGAUCUACAUCAAAACCUCCUUUCCUUCAAUUUUGAGAGUGAAGAGGCUUUUCUUGAGUGUGCGAACGCGGCGAUGGCGAAGAUCAACGAGUUGAAAGACACGAAGGAAAUAGCGAAGGAGAAGCACAAGGGGAAACCAAGUCCAACGACGCGGGUAUUGGAGAAGGAAAUGCAAGAAGAUGUGAAGUAUGCGAAAUCGAACAAAUUGGGGAUAGUGAUUUCAGACACGAAUAUUGAAUAUCUUAUAAGGAACUAUAAAGUAGUCAAACCACUCUUUAUACAAGCGGAGUCUGUAGUGUGUUGUCGUGUGAGUCCACGACAAAAGGCGGACAUUGCACUGUUAGUGAAGCGGAUAACGAACAAAUCGAUCUUAACGAUUGGGGAUGGGAUGAAUGAUGUUCCGAUGAUUACGAAAGGGGAUGUUGGUGUUGGGAUAUUUGGGAAAGAAGGGAACCAAGCUGCUGUGACUGCAGAUUUUGCGAUCCAAAAGUUCCGGCACUUAACGAAGUUAGUUCUGUUCUAUGGCCGGAAUGCGCGAUAUCAAGUCUCUUCAUUGAUCAAAUUCUGCUUUUAUAAGAACGCGGCGUUCUUCUUGUUAGAUGUGUCGUAUGCGUUUAUGAGUAACUUCACGUGUCAAAUAUUGUUUGACGACUGGAUCAUGACAUGCUUCAAUAUCCUCUUCACGUCACUUCCCCCGGGAGCUAUUGCGCUGUUUGACUACGAACUCUCGUGGAACGAAGUCAAACAAUUUCCGGAGAGUCAUAAAGAAACGUUUAACGACCCGAACUAUAAGAUCAAAUCGUAUGUUGAAUGGUAUUUGUAUGGAGUCUUACAAUCGAUUCUCUUUUUUGUGUUGUUCUACUUUUUGAUUGCGGGGUCCGACGUCACGAAUUUUGAUGGGAAAGUGAACGGAUUUCCAUUCAGUGUGGUGACAGUCACGACAUACAGUUUAACGUCGAUCUGGGUCACGAUGUUAAUCUAUACGAAACGAUUUAGUAUCUUGGUAGUACUGUCAUUUGUAGCAAGUAUUAUCUUAUAUAUCAUCAUCUAUACUUUGGUCAUGUUCAUCUCAGGGUUAUCAGUACGUGGGAUAUCAGCUUAUGGGUGGUAUAUAGUCUUACAACAACCAAGCUUCUAUCUCAUUUGUAUCAUCGCCGUCUCAGUCACUACUUUACCACAAAUAGGUGCAUUACAAUUACAUCGAAGAGUCGUCCCUACUAAUUCCCAAUUAAUACAAGAAUACACAAAAUGGAAAUUGGUCGAACAUAAAGAACUCCCAGAAAUCGAAAUGAAAUUCUCACAAGCAAGACCUAUCAGCGUCAUAUUAACGAAAUCAAAAUUGGACGAAGAAGAAAGAAAAAUCCAAGAACAAAUGGAGGCUGAAAACAAACGACGCAAAAAGAAGGAACACCACAAAUGGUCGAAGAAGUCGAGAAAUAUCAAAAUCGACAAGACAUCAAAAAACUCAACAAAUACUACCGACGCAACGACUUCAAACUCUUUAAACGCAUUUGUCCAUUCAGUGGGUGAAAACACAACCACAACUGUUAGCGCCGAGACAACAAGCACUGACGCAAAGUGA